ACGCACAUGCGGACUGCCAAACCUGCCAACACUGGACUAUGACGAACUCUCUGAUUCUCAGACGGGCCGAAUUUACAACUUUCCGACUGUUUUAUGUUUUAAUUAUUGAGGAUUAACCCUUAACAUUUUAUAGAACACCUAUUUUUAUAAUAGUUUUCACUUCACCCGAAUAAUUUCCUGCAGCAGGAAACUUUUACAGACUUGCUGGGACAGUGCCUAUCAGCCUGAGAGAUGGAGGCAGAGGAGAAUAAAAUUUCAGUGUGGGUUUGUCGCGAAGAGAAGCUCGUGUCGGGCUUGACGAAGCGCACGACCUGCGCGGACGUGAUCCGGGUUUUAUUGGAGGAGCAGAACCUGGAGCAGCGCGUCUCCCUCUCGGGCUCUCCACAGUCCUACUGCAUUGUGGAGAAAUGGAGAGGAUUUGAACGGAUUUUACCAAACAAAACCAAGAUAUUGCGACUGUGGAGCGCGUGGGGAGAGGAACAAGAAAACGUCCGGUUUGUGUUGGUGAAAAACGAGGCGUCUUUGCCCAGCAACGGGCCGCGGAGCGCAGAGGCGCGGGUGGUUCUCAGCAAGGAGAGCCCGUGUGUCUACAAGGGGACCGCAAGAGUUACCAUGGCUCUGUCACAGGAGAAACAAAGACGGAUAGUCAGGAAGGCAUUCAGAAAGCUGGAUAAAAUCAAUAAGAAAAGGGCGCAGGCUGCGUCCAAAGAUGCCUCAUCUAUGGAAAAGAUGGAGACCCUUGUGCACCUGGUCAUUUCGCAAGAUCACACCAUCCGCCAGCAGAUUCAGAGGAUAAAAGAGCUCGACAGGGAAAUUGAAAAGUAUGAAGCCAAAGUUCAUUUUGACAGAAUGAAGAUGCAUGGGAUCAACUAUGUCCAGGAUACGUAUUUAGAGGACGCCAACCCAGAUAAAGUUGGUGAGGGGGACAAAACGAGCCCAGAAGAAGCUCUCGCCCAGUUUGAGGAAUAUGCUCAGAGAUGCGAGGAGGUCAUCAAUCUGCAAGAAGAACUGGCUAAGCACGAGGCCCUCAUGGAGAGCAUUACAACUGAGAUUCAAGAGGAACUCAACCAGAGAUGGAUGAAAAGAAGACACGAGGAACUUGCGAAUAAGGACUCUGAAACCACUUCCACUGAGGCGACCCUCCGAGUCACAACUCAAGAAAAAGACGCGGGAUCUUCCACUUUGGAUGUAUCGUCUGACAAUGAGUUACUUCUGGAAGAAGAGAGGAUCAGAACCCAACUUGACACCAGUUUGUACAUCGGUCUGCGGCUGAACACUGAUUUGGAGGCCAUAAGGAAUGACUUGGACUUGACCCAGGAAAUAUGGGGAGCGAAAGAAAAAGAACUGAGGGAUUUAAUGGAGAAAGUCAACUCUUUGGAUUUUGAGGAGGACAGUGAGGCUGAUGCUGGUGAUGAGUUGAAAGAGGAAAACACAAUAGAAACAGACAGAUUAACGCUGCUCGAAGGGGACAGUGUGUGGGUGGAGCAGGCAAGAGGGCUUUCAAAAACAUGUGACGUGAAUGAUGACGACUCGGAUACAGGACUCAGCUCAAUGCAUAGUCAGGACUCAGAUAUCACACCCAUCUGCGAAUCUUUGGUGUAAAAAAACAACAACCUACCAUUAUUUUAUCUGUUGCUGGAUAGUUGAAAUGAACAUACAGUAAACAAGCAUAAAGCGAAAGCAAACAGGAGUGCUGGGAAAGUAAAAAAAAAAAAAAAAGGUAUUUUCUGGCAAAUCAAAAUGAAAUUACAUUAUGAAAAUCGCAUUAAGAGUAUCAAUAUGCACUUACUGAGCAUUCUUAAUCAUUUUUUUUUUUUAUGUUUAUAAAAGAAUAUAUGGUAGCUUAUUUCUGCCACUGAAUAAAAAGAAUAAAAAUUGAAACAGAAAAAUCAGAAAAGUAGCAGUUUGUUGUUUUUCCUUUUUCAUGGUGGAUUCAAAAAACUGAAUUGUGAGAUGUAAACUCAGAAUUCUGAGAUAAAAGUCAGAAUUGCAAGAUGUAAACUUAGAAUUCUGAGAAAAAUAGAAAUGUGAGAUGUAAACAUUUAAAAAGUCAGAAUUCUUUCAGUCUUUUUUUUUUCAAUGUUUUUUUCAUGUUGGGAAAAAAACUGAAUGGGAGGUGCAAAUUCAGAUUUCUAAGAAAAGAGUCAAAACUCAGAAUUCUGAGAAACAAGUUACAAUUCCUUGAUGUAAACUCAGAAUUUCGAGAUGUAAAUUUAGAAUUAUAUGUAUAAAAAAAACAAACUCAGAAUUCUGAGAAAAAAAAUUCUAAAUUCUGAGAAAAAAAGUCUUGUGACAUGUAAAUUCAGAAUUGUGGAGAAAACGUCAGAAUUUCUUGAUGUGAACUCAGAAAUCUGAGAAACGUCAGAAUUUCAAGAUGUAAAUUUAGAAUUCUAAGUAAAAAAGUUAGAAUUUCUUGAUGAAAUUUUUUUUUGAGAGAAAAAAAAAACUGAAUUCUGAGAAAAAAAGUCUGACUCGUGAUAUGUAAAUUCAGAAUUUAGGGGGAAAGAUGUAAAUGCAGAAAGAAAAGAAAGUCAGAAUUUCUUAAUGUGUGUGAAGAAAUAGAAUCGUGAGAUGCAAACUUGCAAUGUGAGAAAAAAGUAAGAAUUGUGAAAUAAAAAGUCACAAUCAUCUUUUUUAUAGUUUUGUUCCAUGGUGGAAAUAAGCUUCCAAGAAUCAGUGUUAACUUCAUGCAUGUAUUUGUGGUUAUAGCACUGUUAUUUUGAGAAAAAAAACAUACAGGAUUGAAAUCUGGGUGGUUGGACUUUUCUGCACGAGACAUCAUUUGGACCAAACAUGAUGGACAUGUUCCAGCAUAAUGAAGGCUGUGCUUUGCAGAUCAGUUUUACACGACAGUAUGGUUUAUGCAUUACGAUUAGCUAUUUAAAGCUGAAGUGUUUAAUUUCUGUGCAUCACCAAACAGAAUUUUCAAAAUAAUCUAAAACUUUUCAGACUGAUGUCAGUGUUUCAAAUGAUAUUUUAACAGAUGUUUUGGCAGUGCAAAAGCUUGAAAUAAACAGGAAAUAAAAUUCCCCUUACUGCUGCCAACCUGCGUUGUUGUGACAUUUUCAUGGAGCUCGAGAGUGGUUUGUCACAUGGUGUUUAUGAUUCAGGUGAUUGGCUCAAAAAUCUGCUAGUGGAAUCCAUAAGCAGAAUUAAUGGCAGAAUUGAAAUUAAAUUAUGCACUUCUGAGGAAAAGUAUUAUAGACUACCUUGAGAAAAAAAGCACUCUACAAGUUGCAUUAUGGUAUUGCUUGAGCCCAUGAAAGGUAUAGUUAUGUAUGUGGAAAAACCAAUUUGAAUGACUCUUUUUUUUAAACGUGUAAAUGUGAGCAAGUGGUGGACAUCUGAAGAGCUUAUUGAUACUGAAUUUUUUUUUUUUUUAUAUUAUACUAUUUUUGUUUUUAAUGUAGAAUCCAUGUAUUUAGAAUUGUACAAAUGUAAAAUUUGUCUAAUAUGAGAAUCUAUCAUAAAACAAUGUUGUCUUAUAAACUAAAAUACUGAAGAAUGAUGCAUUUAUUGAUUUUUGAAACACAUAAUCAUCUCACAAAACCAGAAGAAAACAAUGAACAAAACUACUAUAAUACAAUAUACAGUAUAAUGUUGGUUUAAUGGCAAUUUUUAAUAUGUUGAUUUAAAUAAAUAAUAAUAAUAAGAAGAAAUAUUUUUACAGUAAUUGUU